GAAAUACUGAGUAACACAAUCUGCACAUCAGCUGCCUGUCAGGGUGUAUGUUUCUGCUGCCACUGACCCACCAGGCCCCCUUACUGGCUCGGCCAGCCCGAGGUAAUGGAGGAUCCCGCGACCGAGGAUCCCCCUUCCGAGGAUCUGCACCUCGCGGAGGAGAUGCGGCUGAAUUUGACCCGGCUAAGAAGCUAGGUCGCUGAAGACAUGAUCCGGCAGGCGACCAUUGAUUGUAGCUUCCUCCCUCCCUUGCCGUGUGAGCUGCCGGACCUCGCAGCACCAGCUCGCAGAAGAAGGAAGCAGGGAGAGAAACGUGGGGACGCGCUGAGAGUUUUUCUGGGGGCCGUCUCGAUCUCCGCUACUUCACUUAUGGCGUGUCGAGAGAAGAUCGUCCCUGCUGUCUCGUCUGCUCACGACAACCGUCUGCCUGUUGCUGCUUCACCUGCACUCGGAGCUCAUCUGCCUGUUGCUGCUUGGCCUGCGCCCGCUGCCAAGGCGUGGACCCCUGCUCUGUUACCCCCAUGUGACAGACCCCGACCAGGACUGGCUCUCCAUAUCCAGGAGGGGGAGAGGUCACUUGCGCAGGGGUCGGUUCCCGUCCGGCCUGCCCCCUGGCCCGCCCUCGGUCCCUGUGGCUGGGGUUUGUGGGGCGCCUGUGGGUCCUCCUCUGAUGACUCUUCGGCCACCUUCGGCCCCGCAUCCGUAGACUCGUCGGUUGUCUGCGGGUUCCCCCGCUUCGACUCAUCGGUCACCUACGCCUGGGCCGGCUGUGACUGCGCCUUCGCCUGCCGUGGCUGCUGUUCGCUCCUCCCCUCCGCCAGUGUCUCCUUCGCCUUCCUCCUCGCCUCCUCUGGUGCCCCCUUCCUGCCUCGCAGUUGCCGAGGGUUCCUUCGGCUCCAACCUCAGGGUCGCCUGCUGCCCCUGCAGCUUCCGCCUGUUGCCUGCUGGGAUUCCCUCAGGCUCCCCGUUUCUCUCCGCCCUUUGCCUCCUUGCCCUCUGCCUUCGUGCCCCCUGCGUCUGCUCCUCAUCCUCCUGUUUCUCCUUCAUUCGCUCCUGGCCCCUUCGUUCCUCCCAUUGGUGUUCCCCCUGUGUCUCCGUUUUUGUUGCCUCUGUCCCUGUUUGUUUUUCCUUUUGCUUGUCAGUUGUUGUGUGGGUUGCUGCCUUCAUGUCUGUUCUGCGCGUCUGUCUCAUUCCCAGUGCCCCGUUGAUGUUUUGCUUUUGUUUUCUAGGUCCCGUGUCCCCGGUCUCGUUCCUCGUCUGGUGUUCACACCUUUGGGAGGGGAGGGGUUCUGUCAUGACCCACUCGUCCAGUUGUCCUGAGUGCCACGCCCGCUCAUCUACCCCAUGUGGAUUCCCUAUGUUCACCAGCUGUUUUGCAUUUUUUAUGAUUAGUUUAGUGUAUUUAAGUCCACGUCACAGUAGGUUUCCCCAGUCCUGUCAUUAAUGUUACAUGUGUUCUAGAGUGUGUUACCCUGUAAAUUGUUUGUAUCCACGGCUUCCUUCGCCUGCCGAUCCCUAACAGAUCUCUGGUCAACAUGAACAGUAUUUACAAAUCAAAGUAUUUUUUACUCCUGGCUCUUUCACUUAUAAUAUACCACUUGCUUGGUAUAUACAAACAAAAAAGGUAUUUUGGCAAAGUGAAACUUGGGAUCCAAGUGCAGGAUCAGGCCAUUUGUCCUGCAUCCAAGAAGCACAGCAUCUUACUUGUCUUAAUGUUGUCAGGUUCUCCAGAUCAGUGGCUCCACUGACUACUAUCAAUUAAAAUUCCAGAGUGGGGGAGCUGGCAAUGUAAAAAAAUAUAAACUUUAUUUUAGAAUAUUCAGAAAAUCUUCAUUGUAAUCGUCAUGCUACACAGUUUUAGAAUUACUGAUCUGUACAGUGUUCCUGGGAGGCUUGUAAAAAUUCUCACGGAAUAUGUUUAAAUGGCAGAUGGCUGUUUUCACAAGAUGGUGGCUGCAGGCUCCAUUUUUACUCCAGGUUGCCUUCUGUCUUGCAGUACCAGUUUUCUAAUUUUGAGAUUAUCUGCGGUGUGCAUUUUCAGGUGCAGAAUUUCAUCCAUAUACUGUAAUGUUUUUGUGAAGUAGUAAUAAGAUGUAUCAAAGAUCAAAUAGAAUAAAUACAUCAAUAAUAAUAUCAUCAUAAAUUAUGUUUACUGUCUGAGACUGAUUUUUCUGGUAUCACUAUGCGGCAGUUUGAAUAAGAUCUAUCAAAUAGUUUUUUUUAUCAUCUUAACAGGAUCAAGUGUCAAAACAUUUGCCAUUUUUUUGCUGUCUCUGUGCAGCACAGAUUCAGAUUCAGUUCCUGUCCAGCUCUCAUGCAGUGUUUCUGCAAAGUUCGAAAAAGAUGCGUUGAAUAGAUUUUCAUGAUUUUAAUCAAACGAUUUUGGAAGCAUUGCUAACUAUUUUUAUGAUCUAAAAGUGCACGGUCUGAAGCACACAAUGAAAGUUCUUUUAGGUUGUGCCCAACCCACUUUUGCUAGUUUAAAGGCAGAAAAAUACUCACUGCACCAGGCGCAGUGUGAUGUCCGAUGCGAGAGUGAACAAGCAUGGAAGUUAAUCCAGAAGACGAAAGCCAAAGGACAAGGUUUUAUUUGGGGUAAACGGGGAGCAGCACAAGACAAACGUCAAUGACAGAGCUGGAGAAUACAGACUUAGAUGUGGACUAAAUACAUCAGACAAGCCGAAAUCACAGGGAACAGCUGGGCACAAUCGGGGAAGCACACGUGGGUGAUCAUAGGCGUGGUACACACGAGGACUGGAUGCGCAGGUCAAGACACACAUGGUCAAAAAUCUUCUAAUUAGUCAUGAGUGUGUUUGGAGUGUAAUGUGCUAUAAACUGCAAGUCUCAGUGACGCAGACCUCAAGAACUGUGAUUGAUCCUCUUGGUAGCAUUCAUUUUUUGUAUGAAGAAAGUGUACAUCCCAGGUGUACUUAUAUCACUGAUUGAAAGUGAAGCGCUAUUUAUAUCUAGUAUUGAAUAACCAUAAUCACUCUAGGCACCGUAGCAACAGGUCUACAAAGAACUCAGUCGUACUUUACAAGACUAAAACAAAAGUAAAAUGUACCAUGGACAUUAACUUCAGAAGAGAAAAUGCAUAAAAUGUGAUAUUGAAGUGGCUUGACCUGUUUCCAAAUAUAGCACAAAUAUAAUCAGGACUUGAUAAAUGGUUAAA